AUGGCCAAGUCAGCGCCCUUCACUGUCCCUCAGGGCACCGGCGUCAAGUCGGAAACCUUCAUCGUCGUUGGGGGAGGCAUCUUUGGCCUCUCGACGAUCCUCUGGCUCCGUAAAUACAAGCCCGACUCCGGCAUCGUUCUCAUUGACCCUACCGCCCUCGCCAACCCCAAGGCAGCGUCCCACGAUAUUUCCAAGAUUGGGAGGAAUGACUACCCAAACCUACCUUAUGCGAAGCUGGCCAUCGAGGCCUUGAAGGUUUGGGAGACUGACUCCUUCUGGAACCCCUUCUUCCACCAAGUCGGCAUGAUCCGUGCUGAGCCUCAUAACAACAAGGACAAGAAUCACAACGACAAGGCUCGAGAUGUCCAUCGCACGCUCGGCCACGAGGCUGGUGCCAGAUGGAUGACCCCUGACGAGGUGCGAGCUGAGUGGUCUGCCUUCGCCACGGCCGACUUUGCAGGACUCGACCGGGUGAGGUAUAACCCUCAGUGCGGCUGGUUCGAGGCGGCCAACGCCCUCGAAGCUGCUCGCCAGAGAGUUGUCGAUGAAGGGGCUAAGCUCAUCACGGCCGAGGUCACGAGCUUGCUAUUCAACAGCGCUGGAGACUGCACCGGAGUUAGGCUAGACAACGGACACGAGGUCAAGGGCGUCGUGUUGCUCUGCACCGGUGCUCGUACCUCGUCGUUGCUCCUGGAGAGUGCCCCUGAGCGGAAGGAACUCCACGCUGGGGAUAGAGUCGUUGCUACCGGCGCCGUGAGCUUCACUACCAGCGUUCAGGGGGCGCACAAGGACAAGUUUGAAGGCAUUCCCGUGCUUAAGAACCGUCUUCCCUCGGUCAAAGUAGGCGAGUCCAUGUCCAUGACUCCGGAUGGAACGCUCAAGUUCAACUGUGAUAUGGCUUUCACAUAUCACCAGCUCCACGCCAUGACCGGCAAGAACAUGUCUCUAGCACCGUCGUCUCCAAGCCUCACUGAAUGGACCGAAGACGGAGUUCCCGAGCGACUCAAGGAACAAGCUCGCAGGACCCUUAAAGGCCUUUAUGGAGACGAAAUGGAGGGCAAAGUGAUUGAAAAGUACCGCGUCUGCUGGGACGCGACCACGCCUGGGCACGACUUUCUUAUUUCCCCUCAUUCCCGCUGCAAGAAUCUCUACGUCGCGACGGGCGGCUCGUUCCACGCCUGGAAGUUCUUCCCCGUCAUUGGCGAGUACGUCGUCAAGAUGAUGCACGGCAAGCUGGAGCCAGAGUACGCCGACAUGUGGGCUUGGGACCGUAAGCCUGGGGGACAGGUUGCCAACGCCACGUAUGAUAUCGAGGGGGAUCUGGGGGAGUGGAUGAAGGGCGACAAGGUCGAGUGCUAG